AUGCGGCGUGUGGCUUCGGCUCGCCCUUACAGCGUGGCAUCCGCCCGUGCCAAGACCCAGCUGAAGUGCGCACUUACGGCAAAAAGCCUCGCGGCACGCCAGCGGCGAGUGCAGCAGGUUUUGCAGCAGAAGGUCCUGGAGCCCACAGACGCUGAGACCAACCAGCUGCUCGUCAUUGCCGCCAGGCAGCUGAAGGAACGGCUCCAUCCCGUACGCGUUGAGGAGACUGACACAGGCGGUGGCGGCUGUGUUGGUGGUGGGGGAGGUGAGCCAGAGCAAGUUGAAGGGAAGGCCCCGGACGCAGUGCCGGCGCUGCCACAAGUCGACGUGCAGAGCCGCGGUCGUGCCCCUGACUCACACGGCUACGACUGGAUCCGCAAGGCAAAUGAUGAGAAGGAUCGAGCUGCAAGGCGUGAGAUUAGUGAGCUGACAAAGCGAGUUACAGCAGCUGGUGGAUACCAGCUUGGGAGCUCAGUCGUUCCGCUUUGUCAUGUCCAAGAGCUGGUGGCAGAAACAAAGCUUUUCUCGCCCAGUUUGGCCACAGGCGCCGUGUGGCCGCAACUUGACACAACGGGUGACCACAAGACGAAGCUUCUCGUGAAGCGAGGGACGGUGCUGGACGUGGCUGUGGAGGAGGUGCUGCAUGGCCAGCGCGUGGUGGCGGUGAACGCAGCGUCUGCCUACCAUGCUGGUGGAGGUUUUCAAACCGGUGGACGCCAUGCACUUGAAGAAGCUAUGUGCAUCCAAAGCACGCUGUAUGCCUCUCUUGAGAAAGGCAUCGUGCUGGCCGAGCAGGCGAAGAUCAGGGUGCCGCCCUGGGUGCAACCGCCAAAACGGGCCAAGGACGGACAGGAGUGGGUGUCGCAUCUUCCAGAUGAUGGCGCUUUGCUCUCGCCGCAUGUGGAGGUUUUCCGUACCGGGACCAACUCUGGCUAUGCAUUCCAGGAGAAAGCUGUUUGCCUGGAGGCGGUGGUGUCUGUGGCCAUGCCAAACUGCAACACCAAGAUGUCGGACAGCCCAGUAGAUGCGCACCCAGACAAGGACAAGUAUGCGGAGCAGCUGGCUGACAAGUGGCGAGCGGUCAUGAUGGCGGCGUCGUCCAGAGUUGAAGCGAACGUCCUGGUGGUUCCCGAUGCAGGUUGCGGUGUGUUCUUCAACCCGCCCGAGAAGGUUGGCGAAAGCUUUGGAAAGGUCCUUCGGGAGGAGUUCUCCGGACGCUUCGAAAGUGUUGUCAUCGCGUUUCCUGGAGGAAAAGCGGGCGAGACCUUUGCAGCGGCGGCCGUUGAAGCCUUCGAAGGGGAGGAGACACUGAAGCCUCAGCGACUCUAA